CCCUCUUGAGGGAAGCUGCUCGGAUUUCUUCCGCAGCGAUGGCUGAGCGGAGCCUUUUGGUACAGCUUCUGCUGGAGGAGCGCCGCAAGCGCUUGGACUUCAGCCCGCGGCACCUCUCCUUCUCCCGGCAUCAGGACUCUGAGCGCACCAUUUCCGCGCCGAGUACCUUUGAGCGGCCGGAUGAGGCUUGCAGGCAUUGCGGAGGGGACGUGCUGCUCGACUCCGCCUUCUGUCGGCAUUGUGGCCAGCAGCAAGAACGGCCGGAGGUUCUUGCCUUUGACAGCGAGGCCAGUCGAGCAAGCAAAGGCCAAGCAACUCCCCGUGGCUUCCAAGAAAGAGUCCGCGAGUGGUCACAACAGCACCAAAUGUCGCUCCGAAAGCAGGACCUGGCACGGCGAAAGCAGGAGGCGCGGCUCAAAGAGCAGUGCACCUUCCAGCCGGCCAUCAACGGCAAGUCGGAGCUCUUCGCGCGGAGGGCGCGCGGCUGCUACGCGGAGGCGCUGCCCCAGAGGCUCUACAACGAUGCCCAGAGGAGGUCCACUUUGCGCAACAAGGCCAAGGAGCUCCUUGAUGCGGAAGACCUAUACCAAUGCACAUUCACACCGCAGAUCAACCAUCGAUCUGACAAUGGGCGUGUACCGCUGCAUUUGCGAACAAAGGCAAUUCAGCAAAUGAAGCAGGACCGCUUGAAGGCGAGCCAGGAGGAACAGCAGCAAAGUCAGCAGGGCUCGUUCCGGCCCUGCAUUUCUGCUCGAAGUCAACGUCUGGCCCAAAACCGCCGGAGACAGGACCGGUCCAGAAGCCUUGACUCGCGUAGAGCUGCCAGCGCUGAGCCUUGCACCAGGCCGAGGCUGUGCGAGGCUCCUCCUGCCUUCAUCGCCCGGCAAGAGAGCUUCGAGAAGGAGAAGCAAUUCCGGAUGCAGGUGCGUCGCCAGCAUGCCCUCGCAGACUGCACCUUCCAGCCCAGGAUCAGCGCGUCGAGCGAGCAGCUCACCAGCUGCAACGCCGAGCUGAUUGGCGAGACGCCGGAGGAGAGGAUACAACGACUGGCCGUGAAGGACGUGAGCCGCAGACGACUUGAGCAGCAGAAGCUGCAAGAGGCCUUGUACAGGGAGUGCACCUUCCAGCCGGCGCUGAGCCCCAACUCAGAGACGAUUGCCAGUGCCCGAAGGGCAAGCUCUCCUUCGCGAGGUGUGCACCUGCGGCUGUACGAAGAAGGAGUGGAGAAGGAGCGCGCGAAAGCCAUUCCGCUGGCUCAAGAGUGCAGCUUUAAGCCUCAGCUGGACCCACGAGCCUCGAAGCGCUUCGCGCACGUGAAGCCCCACUACUCCUCCCCGGACGACAUCAGCGACAGCAUCCGGCAGCAGCAGGAGCGCAAGGCUGAGCAGCUGCUCGAGAGGCACGCGGAGAGGGAGCGCGCGGAGGUGGCGGGCUGCACGUUCCGACCCGAGCUGCGGGAGGUGUUGGACUCUCAGCCGGUGGUGGUCAGCGGCCUGGGCCGCUUCUUCGAGCUCCGCAGCCUGGCGCAGAGGCAGCAAGAAGAGCAACUGCAGCGCGAAUCCAAAGUCUUUCACAGGGAAGCCAAAGUGCCCACAGGCAUCACCAUCCCCGAACCCUUCGCCUUGUCUUCGGGAAACCGAUCUGCAAGGAGCAUGUCGGAGAUGAGUUGGUGCUAGGCCUCGCUUGCAGCCUGAAGCGUGUGCGGCCCCAUCGACAGCCAACGCCAUAAUUCAAAAGUCAGGCCCUGCAGGAGCCCGGAGCCGAGCUCGGGCCGAAUUGAAGCUCUCCGCAAGAAAAGCGGGAAAAAGGCAGCAGACUCGCGUCCGAUGGAAAACUCGAGCAGUUCAUGCACAGACAAGUG